AUGAGAACCUCAAGUCUGUGUGUCUUUGGGGUCUCGCUACAGAAUUUUGUCAAGAGACCCGACCUAUUUCACGUGAUGAUCAUGGAACGAGGCGUCCUUGGACAUUCAGUUGAUGAGUUGCUGGCGGCGUUACAAGUCAAACUCGAUAAAGGGGACGAUGGGUUUUCUGAGUACCUUUCGAACGUGAGAGCCUCAAAAGACCGCUCAGUGGCGAGCUGGAAGGAAAAGUGCUCUGAAAGACGAACCCAGCUUUUGAAACUUGCAGAUGUGGCAUCAUACCGCUCAAACCUCAGCUGCCCAAUAAACCGCCUGCCGUUCGAGAUUUUCGGCGCCAUCGUCUUGCUCCUGCUGCCACCGGAUAGCUUUAUGUCAAACGUGCCAGAUUGCAGAGGCACCGCAAAGUCGGUCAUGGCGGUUACACAUGUCUGCCAUCAGUGGCGGAUGUCCACGCUGAACAUCCCGCAACUCUGGGCCUCGAUACCCUUGGACAAGACGUUGGCGUCUCCCAAGGCUAUUGGUCUUACCUUCCUUCAACGAUCUCGUCCUCUCCCUGUGUCACUCUUCCAGGAAUUCACUGCACGUGGUAUCGAACACGGCAAACGUGACGAUCUGGCCCAGUUUUACUUGGCCUUAGUCCAGCAAGCAUCACGUAUCGAGUCGAUCGAUUUUCGAGGGAAGUUUCAUCGCGGAGGAGCGUUGCAGAUUUUCCGGGAGGCUUUACCAAGCAUAAAAUCACUUCGACUUGAUUUCCAUGUCGGCUUUCGGAGCGACUUAUUCGAGGAUAGUGAUAAUGAUGAGGACGAAGAUGAGGACGAAGGAGCAGACUACAGCCCCCUCAAUUACACCAGAAGGAUCCACGCUCUCCGAGACCUAAGUCCAUCCCUGCGAAGGUUGCACCUCGUUGAUUUCGGGUGGUGGGUUUAUCCUCCUGAUGGGGGUCAGCGUCGAAUAAUCCAGUUCCCCGUCGGCCUGACGCACCUGUAUCUCGUAGGGCAAGAGGACUUUGUCAGCCCCUCUGAGGUGUUGGACGUCUUGCAAUCACUGACCUCCCUGGAAGUGCUGCAUCUCGAGGACAUCUAUCAUCCUCAUGCCCUCAAUGUAUUCUCCAGCCGUCGUGUGGAGUUCAAGGUAAUUCGUAUGCUGCGGUUGCGAAUGAACAACACCUAUACGUUCGGUGCAUACCCUCAUUACCUCCUCCCUUCCCUCUCUCUCCCCACCACCGCAGAAGUCAUUUGGACGGCCGAUAUCAGUCGAAGCAUGACACCCGGCUCGGGCAUCCUCGCCGCGCAGCUGCCACCCCCUUCUCGUCUCGCCCUCGUCACAAAGGUCAUCGUUCGAUGUGGCGACGGCAACUAUUUCAUGCUCUCUGGCGAUAUUCUUGUGUUCGAGCACGACAACUAUAACGCUGUUCGCGCCUACAGACAGCUUGCGGUAUGGAAGGAUCAUCUCCCGAACGUUACGAGCAUCGGACUAUCCAGCAUCGAGGACUGCCGCGGUAACUUCAUCGUCCUCCAGUCGUUUCGCUCCGUCGAGCACCUCGAGCUGUAUACCUACCAUGCAGUCCACAAGCUUGUACUCGCGCUGGAGUCUGAGCAUCAGGUUGGGGUGUUUGACGACCAGCAAGAUGCAAUUCCAGGUUGCAAUCCGGAGCCGUGGCUCCUUUGUCCGAAUCUCGGCACGGUCACAGUGUAUACGCAGGAGAAGGACGUCAGGGACCCGGUAAUAGCUCAUAAGUUGUUGAGGAGGAGGAUGGCAAGAGUCAAGGGAUUCCCGUUGCAGCUGCCCGAGUCUGGCCUUAUCACCCGACACCGACCCGCCUUUGGGACGAGUUAUACGAUUAACUUCAGGACUGGUGACAUGGGCGGUGUAUUGAAUCAGCACGGCUUGACCGUAGACGACGUAUGGAGGUUGGAAUAA